GAACAGUAUCGUCACGACUCAGGAGUCAACUGAAUUAAAAACUCCCUAUAAAAUCGUGAGUCCCAUCAUCGGCUGUCGGCGUCGUCCAACGUUGGCAUCGUGUUGGUAGAGCAAAAGAUGGGAGCAAGCGCGCUGCCGGCGCUGCUGGUGGCGGCCGUGCUGCUGCUGAUGGCCGCCGCCGCCACGGCGAUCACGGUGGAGGACUCGGCGCCGGACAACAUCCAGCCGCUGUCGACGCUGAACCUGGCCGCCGCGCAGGUCGCCAUGGACCCCGGGUCGGCCAUCCACGCCUCACCCGACGUGCUCGGCAAGGACGGGGAGGAUUCCGCGUGGGUGGCGGUCAACUUCACGACGCCCUCGCCCUCCUCCGACCACUGGAUUGGCCUCUUCUCCCCGGCCGAUUUCAGCUCCGGCAUCGGGAGCGCCAGGGUAGCAGGGGAAGGAGAUGCGCCCGCAGGGCUGCCCGUGGCUCCGAUCAAGUACAAGCUGGGCAACUGCGAGCCGGAUUUCCUGCGCACCGGCGGCGGCAACACCAGCUUCCUCCUCAUCAACCAGCGCUCCGACUACGCCUUCGGCCUCUUCUCCGGCGGCAAGGACAAGCCUAAGCUUCUGGCGAUCUCGAACAAGAUCUCCUUCGCGAACCCCAAGGCCCCGGUGUUCCCGCGCCUGUCCCAGGGGAAGCAAUGGAACGAGAUGGCGGUUACGUGGACGAGCGGGUACAACAUCGGUGAGGCGUACCCGUUCGUGGAGUGGAGGAUGAAGGGCGAGGAGACCUCCAAGCGGACGCCCGCCGGCACGCUCACCUUCACGCGAGGCCACCUCUGCGGUAAUCCGGCCCGUGGACAGGGCUACAGGGAUCCGGGUUACAUCCAUACCGCGUUCCUCAAGGACCUCUGGCCAAACAGAGAGUACUCAUAUCAGAUUGGGCACGAGCUGCAGGACGGGACGGUGGCGUGGGGCAAGUCCGCCACCUUCCGCGCGUCCCCCUACCCGGGCCAGGCUUCGCUCCAGCGCAUCGUCAUCUUCGGCGACAUGGGACUCGGGGCAAAGGACGGGAGCAGCGAGCUCCAGGGAUUCCAGCCCGGGGCGCAGGUGACCACCGACCGGCUGGUCAAGGACCUGCCCAACUACGACGCCGUGUUCCACAUCGGCGACCUCUCCUACGCCAACGGCUUCCUCGCGCAGUGGGACCAGUUCACCGCGCAGAUCGAGCCCAUUGCCUCCAAGCUCCCCUACAUGGUCGCCAGCGGCAACCACGAGCGGACGUACAUGGACACCGGCGGGUUCUACAACGGCAACGACUCACACGGCGAGUGCGGCGUGCCGGCGGAGACCUACUUCUACGUGCCGGCGGCGGCGCACCGUGGCAAGUUCUGGUACGCCGCCGACUACGGCAUGUUCCGCUUCUGCGUGGGCGACACGGAGCACGACUGGCGGCCCGGGUCCGAGCAGCACGCGUUCCUCGACGCCUGCUUCGCCGGCGCCGACCGCAAGCACCAGCCGUGGCUCGUCUUCCUGGCGCACCGCCCGCUCGGCUACUCCUCCAACGACUUCUACGCGCAGGAGGGCUCCUUCGCGGAGCCCAUGGGCCGCGCCCUGCAGCCGCUCUGGCAGCGCCACCGCGUCGACCUCGCCGUCUACGGCCACGUCCACAACUACGAGCGGACGUGCCCUGUCUACGAGAACACGUGCACCGUCAAGGGCAAAGAUCGGCAGAGCAGCUACGCGGGGGCGACGGGAGGGACCAUCCACGUCGUGGCCGGCACGGGCGGCGCCAAGCUGAGGAGCUACGCCGGCGGCGCGUGGCCGCAGUGGAGCGUGGCGAGGAACGAGAGCUUCGGGUACGUCAAGCUCACUGCUAGCGACCACGCGUCCAUGCGGUUCGAGUUCAUCCACAGCGACGACGGCGCCGUGCAUGACGCCUUCACCAUCACCAGGGACUACAAGGACAUCAUGGCCUGCGCCGUCGACAGCUGCGCGCCACACACCCUAGCCAACUAGAACUGCUAGUAUAGCUUGCGGAAUGCAGAAUUGCAGUAUUAAACUCCGUGUAGAAAUUUCUUCCCUUUUUCUUAGAGUAGAAUUUAUGCGUGUGUUCGUCUUAAUUUCUUUGAGGCCGGCCCCUUCUCAUCCAUUCUGCAAACUGGGAGAACAAAUGACGAAAAAAAUA